UAAAUCAGAACAAAACGCUGUCGUUUUAGACAAGCAGAGACCGGCUAACGUGGCUCAAAAAUCAAUGAAGCACCACCUCAUAUUGGAGGAUCCAGCGGCGGCGUUAGCAAAUGUCCGCCACGAAUUCGGCGAGCACGGCGGCGUUAACAUGUCCAUCGAAGCCUCCAUCACCUUCACCGUCAUGGAGCCGGAGAAUUUAAGCCGCAUGUUCGCCGGCGAACUCGGACCUGACCGCGAUUUCUUCAUCUACAGCCGUCACUUAAAUCCAACAGUCCUCAAUUUGAGCCGGCUUAUGGCGGCUCUCGAGGGCACCGAGGCUGCUUACUGCACAUCCUCUGGCAUGUCGGCGAUAUCAUCGGUGCUGCUCCAGCUUUGCAGUUCCGGCGAUCACAUCGUUGCUUCCCGUUCGUUGUACGGCGGGACAUAUGCUUUGCUCACGCAUUUUUUGCCAAAGGCGUGUAAUAUAACGACGUCGUUUGUGGAUAUUAGGGAUUUGAAUAUGGUUGAGGAAGCAAUUGUGGAAGGGAGAACGAAGGUGUUGUACUUUGAAUCAAUUUCUAAUCCGACGUUGAUGGUUACCGAUAUUCCGGCGUUGUGCAGGAUAGCGCAUAGUAAGGGAGUAUUUGUAGUGGUGGAUAAUACAUUUGCUCCGAUGGUAUUGUCCCCGGCGAGAUUGGGCGCUGAUGUGGUUGUUCAUAGUAUUUCCAAAUAUAUUAGUGGGGCUGCCGAUGUUAUUGCAGGUGCAGUUUGUGGACCGGCAAGUCUGAUUAACUCCAUGAUGGAUCUUCGUGAAGGGUCACUUAUGCUACUAGGCCCAACCAUGAAUGCUAAGAUCGCGUUCGAGCUUUCAGAGAGACUUCCUCACUUGGGCUUAAGAAUGAAAGAGCAUAGUAAUCGAGCUCUUGUUUUCGCUACUAGAAUAACCAAGCUUGGGCUCAAAGUCAUUUACCCAGGCCUAGAAAACCAUCCAGAUCAUGGCCUUCUCAAGUCCCUAGCCAAUGAAGACUAUGGCUAUGGGGGGAUUUUGUGUGUUGACAUGGAAACUGAAGAAAAGGCUAAUUGUUUAAUGAAUGUUUUACAAAAUUGUACUCAAUUUGGGCUUAUUGCAGUGAGUUUGGGUUAUUAUGAGACACUCAUGUCAUGUUCGGGCAAUAGCACAAGUAGUGAAAUGAACAAUCAAGAGAAGGAGUUGGCUGGGAUUUCACCUGGAUUAGUGAGAAUGUCAAUUGGCUAUAAUGGUACAUUGGAGCAAAAAUGGAGCCAACUUGAGAAAGCAUUGUCACAAAUGCAAUAGAAAAUGACAUUACAAAG